AUGGUCCAUGGGAGCAGCCCUGCCAUGGCCAGCUUUGGGCUAUGCCUCCUGCUGCUGCUGCUGCUGCUGCUGACCACCCACCCUGGACCCUCGAAGGCUCAGCACUGGUCCCACGGCUCGUACCCUGGAGGAAAUCGAGCCUCCAGCUCACCCCAGAACCCCCAACAUACUCCUGGGCCCCCAGCUCACAGCCCAGGCCAAACUGCCCACAGCCUCCCAAGCAAUGUUCUGGCUCCCCAUGAGGACAGUGUGCCCAGGUUGAACAGGACCAUGGACCGGUGGCUCCUCCGCGGGAAGCAGCACCUGGCGGAGACCCUGCUGCCAGUGGAAAGAGGUGAGGGGUGCGACCUCACACUCUGCAGCAGGGUCGCCGAUAACCAGGUGGUCAUUGAUAUGUGUCCUGGGAAUGACUCAGUGAUUGCAGAGCUCCCCAAGGCCAACAGCGGAAGACAGGUGUAG